CGCCUCGUGCGCCGGCGUCGGAGAUGGAAGACGCGGGGAGUUCGGCUGCGCGGGCUCCGCGGGCGGCACAGGCGACGCAGGUUCGGCCUCCUCCUGGACCUCGUAAUCUUGUGGCGGGGGUGGUUGCAGGACCAUCCAUGGCCCCCAACCAUGCACCAGGCACGGACGUGGUGGUGGAGGAGCCGCAAGUUCCGGCUCAACGUCGACGUCCACUGCGUCGUCCGCGGGCUCCAGUACCUCGUCCGCAUACAGGUUUGGAGCGGCCAGUCCGGCAAGAAUCCAGGCCGGGAGUGGCGCCGCCGCCCGCAUGGCCGGUUCGGGCGGAGCCUUAGAAGGCCCAGCACCAUCGCGACCUCGGGCGCCAUGUCCAAGACGUGGUCCGCGGCGACGGAAACCGUUCCGGUGGCCUCUGAACCGGCGCAGAUCACGGGCGUGGCGGUUGUGGCGGCGAAGUCCACCAACACCAUGGCGACGACGACGGCCCUGUCGGCGUCUACCGCCGCUACGAACAAGGUGCAGGAAGAAGGACAUGAGACCACAAGGGGGAAUCGGCGCUUAUGAGAAGAUGCGCCUGUUCGAGGGGAUGCGAGGAGCGGAUGCGACGACGGUUGCCUGGAGAGGUUCCCGCACGAACGAGGCGGCGGUUGCCUCGAGAGGAUCCCGUGCAUGCUGUUAUUACAACAAGGAUUAUCUCUAAUAAUUAAAUCCUAACAGUUAUAAAGAAAUUCGGUAGGUAUUUAUACUGCUACACACGCAAUCAGAAAUAUUUCUUUUUACCAGUUUCUUC